AUGAAUGCCUCCGAAAUUGACGUCGAACGCCACGGCGGACAGCAGGCCCCGACCGAACCCGUACCAAAACCUCAACUCGGGGACCAAUUCGAGCUGGACGAAGCUGUGACUGACGAAUUCUACUCCGGAUUUAAGUCUACAGUUGUAUCGGCGAGACACUACAGCAUGUCUCUCUGGGGUCAAACGGCCAAGAUCACGGCUACAGGCCCCAACGGCGAGCAAGAGAAUCUUCAGAGCGUCGCCGGGAGCGUGACCCCCGAAGCCCAAACCAUGAUCCGCGGCGAGUUCGAAUCCCUACCAGCCAUUCACCAAGUCUCGCCAGGCUUCGUGCCCUACCCCAUAGCCCUCGGCGACUACCACGCCAACCCAGAUACCUGGUUCCUCUUAACCAAGUUCUGCGUCAUCGGCGCCCAGCCUCCCUCGAGCCCGGAAAAGUUUGUCGCCCGCCUCGCCGCCCUGCACCGGGACUCACGCUCACCAAACGGCAUGUUUGGCUUCCAUGUCACCACGUGCCACGGAACGAUCCCGCAGGCUCCGGCAAUUGGUAGUAGACAGCGGGUGCCUCGGCUGCUGAGCGCGCUGCCGAAGGACCUCAAGCCGUGCUUGGUGCAUGGGGACUUGUGGGACGAGAAUACCGCCCAGGACGGAGAGACGGGCGAGCCGUUUGUGUUUGAUACCGGGUCAUUCUACGCGCACAACGAAUACGAGAUUGGGAACUGGCGGGCGGCGAGACACUGGUUGAGUUGCGCUGAGUAUGUCGAGGCAUAUAAGCGGCAUUAUCCGCCGACGGAGCCGGAGAUCGACCGUGAAGUGAUCGACUACCUAGUCAACACCUGGGAAUGGCCAUCCGAACGACAUAAGAGAGGCUUCGUUAGCUGGAAGCUCAGCGACGUAGUCCUCUUCAUGCUCUCCACCGGUGACACAUAUCGCGUAAAGCUAGCAUGCGAGCUCCUUCUCCUCGGCUUCCUAAUGGACGACUGGUUCGACCACCACACCCUCUCCCAAACCACAGCCGUCGUCUCCCGCCUCGACGCUCUCCUUGCCUCUCCAACAACCUUCACCCCCUCAUCCACAAUCGAACGCAUGCACCUCUCCCUCUUCACCCGCAUCCUCGCCGUCGCCAACACUCCCAACGAACCCGCCAUCCUCUCCACCUACAUGUCCAUGCUUGCCUGCCACUGCGACGCCGCCCGCGACACCACCACUUCCUUGCGCACCUACCUCGCCUUCCGCGAAGCCGACGUCGGCAUGCCCAUUUGUGUCGAACUCCUCUACUGGACUGACCCCUCUCUCACAUCCACACCCGCCUCUGAACGCGCCGCCCUGCGGUGUCUCGACCGCGUCGCCAGCGACCAUGUGAGUAUCCUCAACGACGUGUUCUCGUUUGAGAGGGAAUGGGCUGCCUCUGCCGACGACGGCGCGCCGCUGGUGAAUGGCGUUUGUAUACUCGCCCACGAGGUCGGAGUGGAGGUGGGCGCGGCAAAAGUUUUGUGUCUUGCGCUAGUGAGGGCGUGGGAGGUCGAGUUCAGACGGCGUGCGAAGGAGGUGCUUGCCUCAGCGAAGGCCGAGGGAAUGGAUUUGGCGAGGAUGGAGAGGGCCGUCAUGGGGGUUGAGAGACGGAUGUCGGGGGCGGAGGCGUUUUCGUGGCGAACGAGGAGAUAUUGGUAA